GCAGUAAUAUUUUGACUUUCCAGUUCAUCGAUAAGGGGACAGAGAGUUCAUAUUAAUAAUAUUUUACCACCCAAACGACAAACGUUUACAAAUAAAUGAUUUCUAAUGAAAGCAUUUAUGUUAUAAAAAGAGAUUUAUUUGAUCGUAUCACUAAUCCUUAAUAGACAGCCCUAUUGGUAACUGUCCAGCUAGAGGAAUUAUAGAGAAAUAUGUCAGAAACGCCAUCUGCAAAUAAAAAUCAACAAGAAGCGAGGUUACAUCACAGAAGAAGUAAGAAAUCUUUCCUAAUAAUAUUUAAUUAUAAUAAUUGUCGCUAAAACCAAUGUGUCACUUACGAUUUAUUUGAAAUAAUAUCUAAAUAAAUAAUAAAUCUAGGAGAAAAGGCAACUUAGCAAGAGAGAGAGACGAAGAUAAACAGCGACAUAGAUAGAGAGGGAAGGAGAGAGAGAGAGAGAGAUAAAGAGCGACACAGAUAGAGGGGGAAAAGAAAGAGAGGAAGGGGUAGGGGGCAGAUCGGAAAAAAGAGACAGAUAGAGCGAUAGGGAAAGAUAGAUUGAUUGAUAGAUUGACAGGCCACAGAACGAAAUAAGGAAAAUGCCAAAAAGAACUACACAAUUGCGUAAUACAUAAAAUAAGAAUAAAUUUAAUAACACGUGUUUAUACUAUUAUUUAGUCAUCGUCCAUAUCUCUUAUUCAAGAGAUGGCGCAAUCUAUGGCAGAUUUUCCACAAGUGAAAGUCAUGGUUUCAAAUAUACUGGUUUUUUCCGGAAACUUUUCCAUUCACAUCUUUUAAGGUUGUUUACAAGAAACUGUCACAAUAAAACGCGUACCGUUCUUAGUUGAACAUGUUAUUCGUUACGAUACUUUUGAACGAAACGUUGCAAUGAAUGGUGUCAAACCAAGAAUAAAUAAUAAACACAACAGCAAUUCUAUAAAUCGAUGGAGUAAAAGCCUUCGAUAUCCGAUUGGUUUGUUAUAAUAAAUAUUUUUACUUAGAUAGUCUAAAAAUAUUCUUUUAUACGAGUUCCCUAUUUGAGCAAUAUUCAUACGGACAUAUAAUAACUUAGUAUUUAACACAGCUUCGUCAUACUUCAAUGAUGAGUAAUAAUGCACUUGAAUGAAUUGAUAUGUAUUAUAUAUUUAAUAUAAAUUUAUAUAUAUAUAUGUAACCGUGUAUAUAUGUGUGACGGUGUUUAUAUCGAUUAAUUUCCAGCAUAUUCGUUUUAUAAGAAGAGGUCUAAAAAGUACGUUUAUUCCUAUUUCAGCUAUGUGCCCAGAUGUUACAAACGUUGCGAUAGCACCAUGCGUUUUAGUCAUGGUUGGCUUACCAGCUCGAGGCAAGACCUUUAUGGCAAAAAAGUUGACAAGAUAUUUAAAUUGGAUUGGUAUCAACACCAAAGGUAAUUGAAUCAACUAUUCAAUCAGUUUACUAUGUUUUGUUUUUUAUCUCAACCUCGUAUUAAAUUUUAAUUUACUUAAAGAUAUAUUGAUUAAAAAUUGCCGUUCAUAAGUCGAUAGAACUUUACUGCCUUAACCCCCCAAUUCCCUCUCCGUUUUACUUCCGCAAAAACAGAAAAAACUCUCCCUUUAUCAUAUUUUAUUUAACCAGUUUUUUUUUUUGUAAAUGCUUUUAUAUCAAAAUAAAAAAAACGCUGUAUAAAAAACCAAAACAAUCACCCUCCAGUAUUCAAUACAAGCGAUUAUAGGAGAAUUUUAAUACCUAACUACUCUACUAAGGAGUUUUUUGCCAAAAGGAAUCCGGAAUUUACAAAGAUUAGAGAGUAAGUCUUCAAAAUACAAUCAAAAUUCAAGUCUAUAAAUAUUUUUUAAUAUAAAAUGUAAACUCUUUUUUCUAAAUUUGUUAUAAACCUUUGAAUGAUUUUACUUUAUUUAUUAUAUUUAUCUUACAUUCAUAUAGACUAGAUGUUUUUUCUCGCACCUCGCAAUAGUAUUUAUAUAUUUGUGGAAUAUUUUACUAUUUAUAGAUUCUUUUUUUUAUGAAAUAAUCUCUGAGGAAAUUCGUUUUUGGAACAGAAAACUGAAAUAAAUCUAAAAUAAAACAUAUAAAAAAAAAACCAAAAUUACUCAGCUUAAUAGAUGCUAGAAAAAAAAGCAAGGGUAUUGAUUUAUAUUGAUUAACAGAAUUCAAUGUUGGAGCGUACCGUCGAGAUAAGAUGGGGGACUACAAGUCUCACGAAUUUUUUCGAAAUGAUAAUCCAGAUGCAAUGGAAAAAAGAGAGCAGUGCGCCAUGACCGCUCUAAAUGAUCUCUGCAAUUGGCUUGACUCCGGAGGUGAAGUAGGUGUCUUUGACGCUACAAAUACUACUCGAGAGAGGCGAAACAAGAUACUGCAGCUGUGCACGAAUGAACGUUGUUAUAAGACUUUCUUUAUCGAAUCUGUUUGCGAUGAUCCGACGAUAAUUGAAUCGAACGUUAAGGAAGUAAAGAUCUCCUCUCCUGAUUAUAAAAUGAUGGAUAAAGAGAAAGCUGUAGAAGAUUUUCAGAAGCGUAUUAACCACUAUGAGAUAUUUUAUGAGCCUCUUGAUGAAGAACAUGAUAGACCUUUAUCAUUUAUAAAAAUAUUUAAUCAAGGCGAGAAAUUUGUAGUCAACAGAGUCAAAGGUCAUGUUCAAUCUAGAGCUGUUUAUUAUUUAAUGAAUAUCCAUGUACUUCCGCGAACCAUAUAUAUCUCGAGACAUGGUGAAACAGAAAUGAAUUUGGAAGGCCGCAUCGGGGGGGAUAGCAACAUUUCAGAGAAUGGGAAAAACUUCGCCGAAAAGCUUAAAGAAUACUUAGAAAGAGAAAAUAUAGAAAAUCUAAGAGUUUGGACAAGUCUAUUGAAGCGAACAAAGCAGACCGUUGAGAAUAUAAAUGCUCCAAAAGAGCAUUGGAAGGCAUUGAAUGAAAUCGAUGCUGGAGUCUGUGAGGGAAUGACCUACGAAGAGAUUGCUACGAGGUACCCGGAUGAUUUUGCAGCUAGGGAUCGCGAUAAGUAUCAUUAUCGCUAUCCGGGCGGCGAAUCUUAUCAGGAUUUGGUAGCUCGCUUGGAACCCGUUAUUAUGGAAUUAGAACGUCAAGAAAACGUAUUGGUCGUUUGUCAUCAAGCCGUCGCCAGAUGCUUACUUGCUUAUUUCAUGGAUCAGGAUUCGGAAAGUUUGCCAUACGUGAAAGUACCUCUUCAUACCAUUAUCAAAUUAACCCCCAUAGCGUAUGGUUGUUUGGUUGAGCAUAUUCCGUUAAAUGUAAAUGCUGUAGAUACUCACAGAGAGAAGCCAAGGGUCGUUUCCAAGGGUCGUUCUUUUGACGAAGCUAUUAGAACCGUCCCUGUUCAUCCUAAAUAGGAGGAAAGCUUCUAAACUUUUUGAAAAUAACUUACAGUGUGACUUUUCCGCCUUUAUUAUGUUAAAUAUCGAUUCUUCUGUGUUUCAUAUUCAGAGUGGAAAGCACAUUAAUUAUCUGCAUGAUAAAAAUUCAUGAUUAUUCAAUACUUACUAUAUUUGUUCCAGAAUUAGUAAUGGCAAUUAAUUAUAGCAAAAUAUAUGUAAUUCUAUCAAGGAGUAGAGCAUUUAUUACCUUAGAAAAGAAUUAUUUAGUCCUUCCACCCUUCGAAUAUCAUUAUGAAUUUACUCAUAGAGUAUUAAUAGGCAUAAAAUCAAUGAAACAAAUUGGAAUCGUAUCAAUUCCCUACACGAUUUUAAUCUUGCAGUUGUCUGGCACUCUUUGAGAAACAAAGAUUAUAGAAGAUCGUUCUAGCGCGAAUAUUUGCUAGCCGUUAACCUUAUUAUACAAAUUAAGUAAAAAAAGAAUUUAAAAAUUAAUUUCAUAAUCGAAAUAUUUAAAGUUUCCAGCUUAUCAAUUAAGUAUAUUUCUCUCUUUUUUCUUUCAUUUCCCCCUUUUAAUCUUUUACCUAUUGCACACCAUUAAGUAUACAUAAGUUCCUGGCUUGAAUUGGUUAUUUUCUUUUUACUAGUUAACUUAAUAAAUAAUUGACUAUUCCUCUCUAUUUCAUGUAAUUUACAAGUGAAUGUUACAACUUUAUCGUGCAGAGUUAGAUAUUCUUCUCCCUUUCUAUUUUACUAUUUAAUUCGAUUACAUAUAGAGAUCACAUAUUGUCUUGUAUAACUUGAGAAAAGAUGUAUACGUCUUUAUACUAAAACUGAGGCAUAUUGCAAAACUCCCAUAAUACCCGAUUAUCCUUAUUUUGCGAUUUAUUCUAUUUGAACAUUCGUCUUCUAUUUCAGAUUUGAGGCUUCAUUGUAGUAUUCUAUAAGCCGAACUUCUAAAGGCUGAACAUGAGCUGCUUUAGUAUAAAUACUUGAUCUUCGUAAUUGAAUCCUGUUCGUCAAUGAUCUAACGUUGUUCUUUUUCACUUCUAAGGUUUUUUCCAGUUCUUUUAUUCAUUUUUCCGCACUAAAAGCACUAGAUUUAUUUGGGUUUACAGGUUCUUUUUUGAUGGUUAAGCGUCUCUAUUUGCUGACACACCAGAAUUCGGAUAUUCAUUUCCUGCACAAUCGAUGCUCCAAAGAACCUAUUGUACUUUUAAAAUAAUAAUUUGAAGUCGAUACAGCUUCACUCGAUUCUUUUAAGCUGACACUAACGCCUGAAAUGUCUAAAUCUAGUUCACUUUUACAAAGUUAUUCCUUCCUUCCUUAGCUCUGUCGCAAAAGAAUGUGGUGGUUUCUGAAUCGGAGGGAAGCUUAAUUAUUUUUCCAUUAUACUUUUUAUUGUCUUUAUAUGUCGCUUCAAGUGCUAAACACCCACGCAAUUAUCAUUCUUCUCAAGAGCUUCUUUGAGUUUUAUGUCAACUAUUUCACUUGUUCUAUCAAUAAUUUCUUUUCUGUUUGACAGUCUUUCAAAUCAUUCGCUGAUUGUAGUAAUUGAAAUUCUAGUUCUCUUCUGCCUCUGACUUCUGAUUGUAAUUGCUCUAAGGAAUGGUUAUGUGGCUACAACUAUAAGUUCUUGGAACACUAUUGUUCACGAAAAUCUUCUAUUUCACCCCUGACUUUGCCCAAUUUCUCGGUCAUUGCUUCCUUUUUCCUUCUGGCUGUAGGUCAAAUCAUUAAUGAAAUCGUUCCGAAUGUUCUCAAGCGUAUGCUAAAAUUUUAUUCAUUCUUAGUUUAAAGUUCCUCUUUAUUCACUAUAUCAUCCUUUCUUUUGAGGUUGUUUUUUCCACUUGUAUUCCUCAUCGCUACGAGCCCUAAUUAUUUCCACUUUGCACCUGUCUUCUUUCAACUAAACCUCUAAUCUUCAGUGUCUUAUUCUAACAUCACUUGUUUUUCUGUUUACUUAUACGUUGUACAAUAGUCUGAAUAUCUUCCCAUGUUCAUAUUUAAGUUUUCUCGUUUCUAUUGAUGAGAAGAAACAUGAUUCCUUUAAUCGAGUUAUAUAACUGUAUGUUCAUUUAAUUUCAUUAAACCUCUUUCCAAUUCAUUAAAUAGAUUGUAUAGAAUCAUUUCCAAGCAGCAUUCCUCUUCGUUAACUUUUUGAAGGCUUUAGUUAAGUAUCUCUCUAACUCUUGUAGCAACCUUCGAUAAACUGCAGACUAGGCCGAAAGAGUCACUUGUUGUCCUCGAAACUAUGCUAUUUUUUUUAUUGAACGUCGGUUGUUACUGUCCUCUAAUGUCGGAGAAUUUCUGCUAACUUCGACUUGCAUACACUCAAUUAAAUCUAUCAAAUGUUCACUAUUUCGCUCCAAGGCCAAUUUGUUCGCUUCACAUUUAUCGAGAAUCGAUCGUAUUUUAUCUAAAUCGCAUUUUAAAUUACAAUUCUCUUUAGUCUUCGAUUUAUUCUCUUGCAAGAUCUUCUCAAUAUCCUGUCUGCUCGUCAUAUUUUCCUCUACCAUUAAAUUAAGCUUGGUGUUCAUAACCUGAAAAUCCGAUUUAGCAGUUCCUAUCGUAUUAGCAGGAUUGUGUGACUUUUUUGUCUUUGAUCAGCAAUUUUUUCCAUCGAAACUAAGUUCCAUUGUCAUAUUUUACGAAUUUCAACGGAAUCUCUCUAAUAUCUUUAGCUCCUAUAAUCUUAUUCUUAAAAUCUUUAUUUAGCUUUUUUCGAGUCAGUUUCUUUUUAAGUGCGUUUGAUUUACUAUUAAAAUCUUUCAAAAAAGUGGCAAUUCAUAUUCUUAACUUUGCUUACUUGCUUUUUACUCUUUUUCAUUUCACUGCUUAAUUAUAUUCAUCAGUUUAAUCUUUUCAAAGCAUCACUUUUUAUAGCUUUCUAUCCAGUUCCGUGUUUUGUUUGGAAAUCGUGACUAAAUCUUGACUAGACAUUUU